UCGACCACUGCUGUCAUUGGGAGAAGCCCUGUUUUACCGCCCCCUCCCUCGCUGGGCCCCCGUGUUGAGCCGCCUCGCAGAGUUCAGUCGGGCUGGGAGAGGAAUGCGCGGGGAUGCGGAGCAGCACCAACUGUAGGAAAUCGACGCAACAACUCGCACGCUAUGGACAGUAAUGAUCCAUAUUUACACCUCAACUCUACAGGGCCGAUGAGUGCAGCCCACACACAUCCUCCUUCUAUGGGUAGCAUGGUGGGCCACCCGUCAGUCAUCAGCACCUCGAGGCCCUUGCCAUCUCCCAUGUCCACCUUGGGCUCACCAAUGAAUGGACUUGCAUCUCCUUAUUCUGUCAUCACAUCGUCUCUGGGAUCGCCCUCUGUAUCGCUGCCGUCUACUCCCAACAUGAACUUUGGACCACUCAGCAGUCCACAGAUGAACUCUAUGAACAGUGUUAGCAGCUCGGAGGACAUCAAGCCUCCACCAGGCCUACAGAAUCUAGGAAACAUCAACUACCAGUGUACAAGCCCAGGGGGAAUGUCAAAGCACAUCUGUGCCAUUUGUGGGGAUCGCUCCUCAGGAAAGCACUAUGGUGUGUACAGCUGCGAAGGCUGCAAGGGCUUCUUCAAGAGGACGGUCCGUAAAGAUCUCACCUACACUUGUCGAGACAGCAAGGAGUGCCUGAUUGACAAGCGCCAGCGAAACCGCUGCCAGUACUGUCGCUACCAGAAGUGCCUGGCCAUGGGCAUGAAAAGAGAAGCUGUGCAGGAAGAAAGGCAGCGUGGGAAGGAGCGUGGGGAGAAUGAGGUGGAAUCCACCAGCGGUUUCAAUGAAGACAUGCCUGUAGACAAAAUCCUGGACGCUGAGUUAGCUGUGGAACCUAAAACAGAGACGUACAGCGAAGGCAGCCCCGGGAACUCUACCAAUGACCCUGUCACCAAUAUCUGCCAAGCAGCAGACAAGCAGCUCUUCACCUUGGUUGAAUGGGCCAAAAGAAUCCCGCAUUUCUCCGAACUCCCUCUGGAUGACCAGGUCAUCCUACUACGAGCAGGCUGGAAUGAGCUGCUCAUCGCCUCUUUCUCACACCGCUCAGUCACAGUUAAAGAUGGCAUCCUGUUAGCAACAGGUCUGCAUGUCCAUAGAAGCAGCGCCCACAGUGCUGGAGUGGGAUCCAUCUUUGACAGAGUCCUGACAGAGCUGGUUUCUAAAAUGAAAGACAUGCAGAUGGACAAGACAGAGCUUGGAUGUCUGCGAGCUAUUGUCCUCUUCAACCCAGAUGCAAAGGGUUUGUCAAACCCAUCAGAAGUAGAGGGUCUAAGGGAAAAGGUCUAUGCUUCGCUUGAGGCAUAUACAAAGCAAAAGUACCCAGACCAGCCCGGCAGGUUUGCCAAACUGCUGCUCCGCCUGCCUGCUCUACGCUCCAUCGGCCUCAAGUGUCUAGAGCAUCUCUUCUUCUUCAAGCUCAUCGGGGACACGCCUAUUGACACCUUCCUAAUGGAGAUGCUGGAGGCUCCGCAUCAGAUCACAUGACACCUGUCUUCCCCUACCCCCUGUAUAUACUCCCAUGUUAUGAGCGAUAUGAAAAUGGAAUUAAAAAACGAAAAGAGACUCAAUUGAAACUGUAAAACAGCAUAUUUUGUACCAAGCAAAAAAUAUAUAUUAUUAAAAAAAGUGUUUUGUGGUUGUGGGGAAAGUACACUGUCAAAACAAAUUCUUAUAGAGUUGUUAACAGAUUAUGUAAAUAGUUGAUUUCAGGUUUUCAUUUUAAAAGCAGCCCAAUGCAAUUUGAAAAGGAAUCAUAUUUUAUUCAAAGAGGAAUUGUAUAGAGACAGAUACCAUCUUUGCAUUUCUUAAAAAACACAUUUACAGAUUCUUACAGAAUAAAAUAAUUUAAAAUG